AUGGCGCUGAGCAGAACGUGGCUUCCCCGGGCCCGCUGGGCGGCCGGUGUGGGGGAGAACACUCGGCUGCUGCCCCAGGCAUCCAAGCUGGUGGAGCUGCCCUACUCCUCCUCCUCCUCCGAUGAUGAUGAUGAUGGUUUGCUGGCCAGGGACAUGGACUUUCCCACAGCUGAGCAGGACCCCAGGGCAUGGAGCCCUGUCCCCCACAAGCCAGGGACCUUCAGCCAGUGUGUGCGGUACUUGGCCUUCUUCUGGAACCUCCUCUUCCUCCUGCUGGGCUUGCUAGCCCUGGCUGUGGGGGUGUGGGGGCUGCUGGCCAAAGGCUCACUGCAGGGGGAGCGCCUGGCCCCGCUGGGCUCUGAUCCCAUGCUGCUCUUUGUGCUGGUUGGCCUGGGGACGAGCACUGUCUCCCUGGCCGGCUGCCUGGGCACCCUCUGCUCCAGCCCUUGCCUGCUGCACUUCUUCGUGGGGGCUGUGCUCGCCUUCACGGGGCUGGAGGUCCUGGGGGGGCUGCUGCUGCUGGCAGUGCGGCACCAGCUGCGGGAUGCCCUGCAGGAUGCCCUGCUCCUCUGCCUCCUGCGCUACCAUGAUGAGCCAGACCUGCGGUUCCUGGUGGAUGAGGUGCAACGGAGCCUGCAGUGCUGUGGCCUUGGCUCUUACCGUGACUGGGAGGUCAACCCGUACUUCAACUGCAGUGCCCCGGGAGUGCAGGCGUGCAGUGUGCCAGCCUCCUGCUGCCUGGAUCCCUGGCAGAAUGGCACCCUUGUCAAUACCCAGUGUGGCUUCGGGGCCCUGCACCUGGGUGACGUGGCAGCCAGCACCGUCGUGCACCUGGGUGGCUGUGUGGCACAGCUCAGUGCCUGGCUCCAUGGGCAGGCAGGUGGCAUUGCAGCUGGUGCGGCCAUACUGGUGCUGGUUGAGGCUACAGGUGUGCUCAUGGCACUGAAGGUCCUCGGAGACAUCGUGCCCAUCAGGGCACAGGAUUGA